GAGAAGACAUGAAUGAGGAAACUGAGGAACAUGAAAAUACACCAGAACGGUUGAGAGAACUGAAGCCAGUAACUGCGGAAGAAACAAAGGAAGGACAAGGUGAUGAAGACGCAAAUGCCUCCGAUAAUUCUGACCAAGAUGAAAUGUUUGAAUUGAUGGAAGAAAGUGGAGCGCAGGAAAGUGGAAAGAACAGAAAAAAGAGAAGAAAGAAAAAGAACAUCGAAGAGAGGAAAAGAGAAGAAAACGAAGUAGAGAACCUUGAGGAAAAUGGCAUAAAAACGAAAGGGAAAGUGAAAAGUAAUGUUGUUUCACAGGGAAACACUAAAGAAACUAGUAGUGUUGAAAAGACAAGUGAACGUAAGAAAAAGAAAAGAAAAAUUACAGACGAAAGUAGAAUGAAAGAAAAGUUGGAGAAAAGCAAGAAAGCAAAGUUGGUGAAGAGUGGGACUGACGAGGACAAUAUGCAAACCGGAGAUUUGGACGAAAAGAACCGAGGACGGUGGAUGAAAGGCAAAGUUGUGAAGUACGUGAAAGGAAAGGACGGUGUAAUUAGAGGAGUUAUUGUAUUACAUAAAGGUAACUAUUUGGAACGACCUGUUCAGCUAGUAUGUCCUUUGGAGAUAAGGAGCGUGGUUAAGGAAGAUCAAGGAAGACACAACGAAAGUACUGAAGAUAAUGAUGAUAAAUUAAAGAAAAGACCAGAACGGAAAGCAGCAAAGAUCGCGAAAGUUAACAUCAGAGAACAGUUGAAGGACGAUUAAAGGGAAGUAAAUAUAACUGUGUAGACUGUUGUCGUUAAAAAUUUAUAAUUCGUUUAAAUUUGUUAGGGGAGUGUGUGAUGAACUCUGAACAGUAAUAGCUAUAUUUAGAGACACGCG